CCAUUUGUCCCAACCAUGAAACACUCCCUCCCAGGGAUCGAUAAACUGCACUUAUUUGCCCUCUGGACCCCAGGACAGUGUGGCAGCAUGCACACUCACACACACACACACACACACACACACACACACUGUUGCACUGAGUCUUUCUGCUCAUCAUCACCUCCACCCACACCACGGGGUAGUUUGGAGUCCACAGGACCACCCAGGGGCUCAGGACACUGCACACGCUUGAAGGCCCGGAAAGAAGUAUCAGGCAGCACCACCAUCAACCUCGGCCAGGACAGAGACAUCUGGAGGCCGCUGAUCCACACAACAGUCAACCUCAGUGAGAUCACCAGCAUCAAGUCGACCUUCCAGCUACGUACGUUUGACCCAGAAGGUGUGAUUUUCUACGGAGACACCAAAAACGGAGACGACUGGUUUGUUCUGUCCCUGAAAGACGGCAUCCCGCUGAUGCAGAUUAGCAAAGGGGACGUACUGGUCAGUGUGGCAGGCGGCCCCAAACUCGACGACGGGAAGUGGCACACGCUGGAGCUGAGCAACCAGGGGAAGUUUGUGAUUCUGGAGGUGGACGGCACCAGCGGGCUGGUGGUGGGGACGCAGUCCAAACACCCAGAGGAGGUCCUUUCAGGUGGACUCCGAUUGGCUCUUGGCGGGAUCCUGAUCGACAAGGAAAAGAUGAUUGUUCAGUUCGAGCCGCAGAUGGACGGUUGCGUGCGGGAAGGCAGCUGGCUGAACCUCAGCUCCCCCUGGGAGACAGAGGUGGAGGAGCUCUGGCCCUGCUAUCAAAACAUCCAGCCUGGCAGCUACUUCGCUGGCACUGGAUUUGCCAUUUUCAACACCUCAGGUUUCCCUGUUGACGCAGAUGAUGGGCUCAAGAUUGAAUUGGUGGGAGAUUUCAGUCAGAUGAACGGGACCAUUUUCAGCAUCAAAUCUCCUAGGCAUGAGUGGACAGUCGCCUUAGUGGCUGAUAAAAACACAAAUGUGGUCUCACUCACUUUGGAUCAAGAAAAGACUCUUAUGUUAAACUCUUUGAACAAGCUGGUGAUAAUCUUUCAGAGAGAGUUACUACAAGUGUUUCAAGAUGAACUAGGUGAGACUCCAUUUUCUGUCAAUCUGGGAAACCUUGAUGUUUUGACCACAUGGACAGAGGGCCGCCUGGCCGUUGGAGGUCUUCUAGGUGAAGGUGAGGACAACAUCGGCUCCCACUUCCUGACAGGUUGUCUGGAGAAAAUCCAGGUCCAAGGAAAGGAUUUGGAUCUGGAUUUAGCUGUCAAACACAUGUCAAUCUCCCCUCACAGCUGCCCCACAUAGAAAGUAUGCAUGUACCAUAUGUGGAAUAGAUGUUUGCAGUGGAUGACUUUGGGUUAAAACAAAAAAAGAUGUGAUGUUUUUAUGGAGCGAAACAACAUCUUGAUAACUGUUUAUCAGACUGCUGAUACUCAUUCUGUAGUCAAAUGUGGUAUUUGUACCAAUUAACCUGUAAAAUGUAUAGAUUUACUACUAAAUAUGAAUAUGUUUUUAAACAGAUCUCUCUUUCAAUAGCCCCAUUUUAAAAGAAUAUACAGAUUAAUGUGAGUCAUUUUCUGACCUUGGUACGUACAACAGUAUGUUUCUCUUUAAUAUGCCUCUCCAUGAAUAUGAAUUUUAUUACUGUAUUUAGAACAAAUAAAGGCUAAUCGUGCUUUGAGAGAUUCA